CUGGAAACCAACAUUAUUCCAGUCACCUUCCAGAUCUGAGAGCGGGAGGACGUGUGCGUGUGCGUGUGUGCGUGUGUUUCUGGAAUUGUAAAGUGAAUAUAUUUCGUGGGUAUUGUUUAGAGGGAUAGAAAAUGGUGCUCUUUUUAUUAAGGCAACAGGCACUGGCGGUGGUGGUGGUGGUGGUGGUGGUGAUGGUGGUGGUGGUGACGACAGCACCACCACCACCACAAGACACCACGGGCUCCCCCACCCCUUCCUUUCUAAUGGGCAGCCCGUGUCCUGAUGUCACUCCCAGCCAGGACUUUGAUGCCCCCGCGUUCGGCGGGACCUGGCAUAAGUUUGGAGGUCUUCCUAAUGAACAAGAGAUCACCAAGAAUUGUACCAUAUAUAACUACAAGUAUACAGGUUCAGGCUUCGAUGUGACAGAGAGUGGCAUAGAUGGGGCAGGACAGAGAGUCAAUCAGACAAACUCCUUUCAACAAGUCACGCCCGGGAUUGCAGAUUUCGUGACGCGCGUUGAGGGCUUGGAGGCACAUCUGCAGGUGUUGAAGACAGACUACACCUCCAUGGCGUGCCUGUACACCUGUCACACUGUCAGGGAGACACACAGAGUUCACCUGGCGUGGAUUCUGUCACGGGGCAAAGAUUUAGACAGAAAGAAGAUCGCAGAGUGCCAAGUUCUCCUGAAAAACGCAAAGGUCCCACUCAUCCAACUUGAAAAGAUCAGCCACGGAGAGGAGUGCCUGUGACCUUCCCAUUCCUAGGUCAAAGGUCACAAAAAGGUCAAAAAGA